AUGGAGAUUCGUACGGACAGUGUAACUAGUGAAGACAAUAAACCACACUCUGACCAGAAAUGCACACUUGAUAGGAUCCAGCUCGAACAGCUUGGACGGCAGCGGCCGGCUAUAUUUGCCAACAAUGCCAUAGAGAUAGGUUUUUGUUUCUCAUUGCUGGCAUCCAUGCUUCUAGCUGUAAGACUCCUUCUGAGAAUCGUCGCAGAUCUUGUCUCAUUCAAACAGGAGUACUUUAUCAGUGGUUUCAACACGAUCCUACCGGUCUUAACAGAUGCACUCGACAUACCGGAAGAGGCGAAGACUUGGCCAGCCAGCGUUUUCUCCUUGGUCACUGGUGCUUUACUAUUACCGGCCGCUCGUCUAGCCGAUAUAUUCGGUGCUCAUAUUGUAUUCAAUGCCGGUUUGAUCUGGUUCUUUGUCUGGUCCUUGGUUGGCGGUUGCAGUAAAAACUACAUGAUGAUGAUUUUCUGUCGUGCGCUACAGGGACUCGGACCUGCGGCAUAUUUACCAGCUGGUAUUAUGCUGCUCGGAACAGUCUACCGGCCUGGUCCUCGCAAGAACCUUGUUUUUAGUCUGUAUGGGGCCUUCUCGCCGAUAGGAUUCUAUUCGGGUAUAACAGUCAGCGGGCUCUCUGGACACUAUCUCACAUGGCGCUGGUACUUCUGGAUAGGCGCAAUUAUGCUCUUUGUUGUGUCAAUCAUCUCGUUACUAUCUUUGCCGUCGGUUAAGUCGUCAAGUCACUCGGGAAUGGAUUGGUGGGGGUGCGCAACCAUCAUUCCGGGGUUACUGUUGCUAGUGUAUGCUAUCACAGACAGUACCCACGCCCCCGAUGGUUGGCGAACCCCGUACAUACUUGCCACGUUCAUCCUGGGUCUUCUAUUUCUCUGUGCUGCAUUCUAUGUGGAGGGCUGGAUUGCUUCAUCACCAUUGCUUCCAUUCGACAUAUUUAAAGUGAAAUAUAUGACACCGUUGUUUAUAUCACUACUCUUUCAAUACGGUGUGUUCGGUGUCUACCUGUUCUACGCGAAUUUCUACAUCCAAACAAUCCUCGGCAAGGACACAUUAAUAACAACGGCAUGGUUCGCCCCAAUGGCCGCCGGCGGCCUCAUCCUAGCCACAGCCGGGGGAUUCACGCUACACUUCCUCCCAGGAAAGCUCCUUCUCAUAAUAUCCGGGUUAGGGUACCUAGUCGCAAUGCUGCUGUUCGCCCUCAUACCUGAAAACCCUAAUUACUGGGCCUACAUCUUCCCCGCAAUGAUAGGAACAACCGUCGGGUGCGACAUCACUUACAGCGUCAGCAAUAUCUUCAUCACUACCAACUUGCCCAAGGAUAGACAAGGGGUGGCUGGUGCGGUGAUCAACAGCACUGUGUUUGUCGGUAUCAGUCUUUUUCUGGGGGUGGCUGAUCUGACGGUAUCUGAAACGGCGUAUCUUGGUUUGAAGGGUAGUUAUAAAGCUGCCUUUUGGUUUGGGGUGGCUUGUGCCGGUGUUGCUUUGAUUUUCUUGAUGUUUAUUAAGAUUGGGAAGGCGGAAAGCGAUCUUACUGUCGAGGAGAGGGAGCGGCUACGGGCUUCUGAGACAGAUGGCGAGGUUUAG